UCUCUAGCCGCCGCCCCCCCGGGGAUCCCUCCCGAUCCAAACCUACCAACCAGCGCUCUCCACUGCUCCUCCCCGAUUUGCUCGGCCGCCCAACCAGAGUAGCUCCUCGAUCCACUCCACACCAACCCCCAUCGCCCUCCUCCCGUGCUUCCCGCGCGCCGCCACAAGCAGCAGCACCACCGGAGCUCCCUUCGCCGUCAGGCACCACCAGCAGGUUGCCGUAUCCUCGUGCCCCCUUCUUCCCUUUCUCUGGUUCUCCUCCUCUAACCAUAUCUCUCUGCUGCUCGUGAACCAGCGUCGGUCGCCGCCAUCCCGUUCGUCUUCCAGCAGAAGCUCUACACCACCCCCAAGCUGCUCCGCGCCAUGGACGGCCCCGACCACCGCUCAGCCCUUGCCUCGUCGACAUCCUGUGCACAUCGCAGCGAGCGACCGAGCACUCAACCCCGCGCCGCUGAGUCUGUUUGGCGCUCGCACCCGAACUCCUACCGCUCAAUCCGGGGCGUCCACGCGCUGACAAUCCUCCUCUUCCUCGCCUCGUCGCCGGCGAGCCCCGCCACCAUGGACGGCCGAAGCCCCAGGGAACUGAGCUGCCAUGGCCGUCCCGACCCCCUGCUGCCUCGAGCGCCCGCGCAGGACCUCGUCGGACCACCAAGCGCCAACCUCCCGAGGAGCUCUCGUCGCAGCUGCAGUUCACUCGCGUCGCCGCCAACUCCCUCUGCCUCGAACGCUCGCCCGCCUCCAGCGCCCUCCUGGCCCCGUCCCGCGCCGUGGCCCAGCUCCUCCGCCGGCCUCCACUGCCAGCGCCAUGCGCGCUACCCCUCCUGCUGCCGUGCUGCUCUGUUCUGUCGAAGACAGCGAGCGCCCGCAGCUUCCUGCUCGCCUGGAUCGACCCAAUCCGGAUCGAUCUGGCCCGCUUGGGCCUCAUCCACAACCGCGCCAGCCCAACGCCCCCCUCCUGCUACCUCUCCACAGUUCUGGGCAAGGACCAUGUCCCCGUUUCGUUGCGACUGUGAUGAUUCGUUCGACUACGUGGGAUCAUCUUUACCAUGGACACGUUCUUCUUCCUAGCGCGAUUCCAGGCAAGAUGACCGUCACCUUGGAUCUCACUAUUAUCUUUGCUAUGCUAGUUGUCUCGAUGUUAUCGCUAUGUCGCGCUACCUACCACUUGUUUAUCAACCCUCCCAAAUUGCCAUGAUAUCCUUUAACCUUUUUACCCUUCUAGCA